UGGAUGUUUGGAACAGAAGAAAAAAAAAACGAUGUCAUUUCGUUUCUGAGAUUUGUGUUCGAACAAAUUGCAAAAAAGCUUUAAAAUGUAUCUGAUGAAAUAAGAAGUUACCAUAAUCGGAUUUAAAAAGCAUCAAACUUUGAAAGCAGAACCCAAAAAUUCAGAUAUUCUCUCUCGUCUUUUUUAAAAUUUCUUUCUCUCUAUUUUUCUUGUGCUAAUGGAAGCUGAUGUUUCCAUUUCCUUCUAAACCGCCAACAAAAUCAAAUCUCUUUCUUCCGACAGAAAAUUAGGGUUUUUCUUUUUGCGAUCGAUUUUUUUUUUUUUGAUGAAGAUGAAUCCUGUUGUGGUAUUAUUGUUAUGGUUUGUCUGUUUAUUGAGUGUCUGUUGGAUGGCGUCAGCCAGUGUGGUGUUGAUUGGGUACAACGUUACCUUCUCUUUCGACGAUAUUGCAGCUAAUUUUGUUCCAGCGAUUAAAGGGUCAGGGGAAUGUGGGGUAUUAUUUUUGGCAAAUCCUCUUGAUGCGUGUUCGGAUUUGAGUAAUGAAAUUUCGAAUGUUACUUCCCCUUUUGCAUUGGUUAUUAGAGGAGGGUGCAGCUUUGAGGAGAAAGUAAGGACAGCACAAAAGGCAGGAUUCAAAGCUGCUAUUAUCUACGACAAUGAUGAUGAUGGCAUCUUGGUUUCAAUGGCAGGGAAUCCAGCUGGCAUAAAGAUAUAUGCUGUCUUUGUUUCCAAACCUUCUGGUGAAAUGCUCAAAAAAUAUGCCGGGUCUACUGAUGUGGAGCUGUGGCUGAUCCCUAGUUUUGAAAACUCAGCAUGGUCAAUCAUGGCCAUCUCCUUUAUUUCUCUACUUGCUAUGUCGGCGGUGCUGGCAACUUGUUUCUUUGUACGCAGGCAUCGUAUUAGACGAGAACACCCUCAAUCUUCUCGAAUUCGUGAAUUCCACGGAAUGAGCAGGUGUUUAGUAAAAGCAAUGCCUAGCUUGAUAUUUACUGCUGUCUUAGAAGAUAAUUGUACUGCAAGAACAUGUGCAAUAUGUCUUGAAGAUUAUAACAUGGGAGAGAAGCUCAGAAUUCUUCCAUGUUGUCACAAGUUUCAUGCUUUCUGUGUUGAUUCUUGGCUCACAACAUGGAGAACCUUUUGCCCUGUCUGCAAGCGAGAUGCAAGAACCAGCACAGGUGAUCAACCGGCAUCAGAAAGUACACCAUUGCUUUCAUCCACCCCAAGCUCUGUGUCCUCCUCUGUGUUAUCAUCUGUUAGAUCUUCAUUAGCAUCGUCUUCAGCCAUACAAAUUGCCCGAGCAGCAUCACGGUCUCCAUCAGUUUCUCAUACUCAUUCUCUUGCCAGUACUCCAUACAUUCAGCAAUCACUUAGGACCUACCGUCAAUCGCCUUCUAUGAGCUGUAGCCAAAGCUCAGUAGAUCUUAGGAAUGCAUCGUCUCAAAGAUCUCAUGCUUCUCAUUUGGCUUCAUCAGCCUCAUUGAAUUACCCCUCUAUAUCACCACUUAAUGCAAGAUACAUGUCCCCGUAUUUUCGGAGCCCAAGCAAUGCAUCACCAGGUUUAGUCAGUUCUUCUGGUCACAUGCUGCAUCCCCUGCAUUGUAGUGAGUCAGCAGCUAGUUUUUCUCCUUUUGCAUCAGCUCAAUCUCUUCCAGAAUGUUAAUUUCACAAGUGAUAAUGAGCUGGAUUUCGUAGAAUGGAGUGACCUGCAUACGGUAUAUAUUUCUGAUCUCUGGUACUCAUCAUAGGUCAUUAUAUCAUUUUUGAGUGUGUGAUUGGUUGCGUUCUUAUCCAAUGUCUUGAAUGUUGACAUUGCUUUUUAGCAGUUUUGUGAAUAUGGUUAACCCCUAAUUACUGAAUUAUCUAGUUAUGUUGAUAUUUGUUUGUGUUUUGCUUACCAUUUGUUACUUUUCCAAUUUACAAGUAACCCUUUCCACGCUAACAUUUUGGCAUUUAACUAUUUCCUGCACAAAGCAGCACAA